AUGCUAAACGAGAGCUACAAUGAUUGGAUACAUGCCAAAGAUGCUUCCCACGGAAUAACUGGUGACCGUUUACUCGCACGGCUCAUCACGAUGUUGGCUUACAUCGGUGUUGUUAUCGUCGUUUUGCCGACAUCAUUAUGGCUGUAUUCAAGGAUUUCCUCUAAAAAACCACAAAUCUAUGCAAAAGCGGAUGGGUCCCUUUUGGUUAGAGUCAAGAAGAAUGUGCCAGCUCUGCAAAAAGUCUAUAGAAUACCAUGGUGGUGUCCAUUUGGCGAUGCGCAAACGAUCGUAAAUGGUGCGUUGAGGAAAUGUCCGACAUUGCCAUUUGUC